GAUUUUCCACCAGACCGACCGAGGCGGCGACCAGGGAGUGACAAGCACACGCAUCCGCUACCCGAGCCCGCCACCACGCGAAAAUGAUGCCGUGUUACAAUUUUUGACCAAAGAUCGCGGAUUCGGUCGUUUCCAGCCACGACACACCCCAUCAGACGUCUGCGCAGCACAAGACGUAGCGCUCGGCGCCGCGGGCAACCGCAAUCUCACCAUCAGACCACCCCCGUCUCGCGCCGAUAGUGUUGCACCAGCAGCAGAGAAGAAGAAGAAGAAGAUGCAUCGCAUCUCUGCUGCCUCGGCAGCAGAAGACGACGACUACGCCGUGAAGGCACCACCACCACCCCCAUCAUCAUCAUCACCACCACCACCACCCGCACCACCAGCAUCACUGAUGCACCCCAGCCCGCCGUCCAGCCGCUCCCUCGCUGCCCGCGCCGCCUCGCCAAAACGGCGUUUCUCCAGCAUCUCCGCAUCCGCCGCCCCGUCAGAAGAGCACCCAGAUCAGGCAGCGGCAGCAGCACCACCACGGAGGGAGCGCAAGGGCAAGGGCCGCAUUGGUACGGUGCGGGCGAGUGAGCUCGUCAACCUCGCGGUGAAUGCCGAGGGCCUGGACCCCUCUCGGCAGGAGCCGCGGGUCCGAAUGGAGUAUCUCUCCAAAGGCAAGUGGUACGAGGUCACGGGGGGCCGGCCCUUGUGGGCGGAAGAUGAGAGGGAGAGAGUCGUCUCGGCGGGCUUGCCCUCCCUGGGCAGGCGUACCAGGGCAUCUCCUGGAAAAUACGCCCAAUAG